CCGCGUCCAGCGGCACUACCCGGGGACAGGCCGCGCGGCCGGCUGUCAGUGCCCGUCAGCUGACGUCAUCCCCGGGGCUCCGAGCCGAUAAAUGCGCUUACUGACACUCGGCAGCUUCGCUUCUGGAGACGAAGGCGAGCAACCAGGGACAGGGUCUUUCCCAGUAACGGCGUCAGUGGCUGGUGGGAGAGCAAAAGAUGUCAGCGUACAAUGUGUCUCUUACUGGCCCUGCUCCUUGGGGCUUCAGGCUGCAGGGAGGAAAGGAUUUCAACAUGCCUCUGACCAUUUCCAGAGUUAGUCCAGGAAGCAAGGCGGCUCAGGCAAACAUCAGCCAAGGAGAUACCAUCGUGGCCAUCGAUGGGGUCAGCACGGAGGGCAUGACCCACCUGGACUGUCAGAAUAAGAUCAAGUCAGCCACCUAUUCCCUGAACCUGAGUCUCCAGAAAUCAAAGCGCCCAGGCCCAGUUCCCACUGCUACUCUGAGAAUGGAUUCUGCAAUGCCAGUGAUUCCUCAUCAGAAGGAGUCAGACCUGGAAACCAGCCCCGGUCGCCUGAGCAGCAAGCAGACGUCAACCCCCAAGCACUGGCUUGGUCUGACAGCUCAGACUGCUAGCAGCCCACGCACAGCUAACGGGAUGUCCUGGCACUGUUCCAGCACCAGGGACAGCAGCUUGUCCUGCAGUUCACCGCUGACCGCAGCCUUCAGGCAGACACCUGCUGGGACCACCACGAUGUCCUCACCAGCUACUGGCCUCUCACCUCAAAGAGGGGCUCACCACUCACAGGCAUCAGAUGUAAAUGGCACAAUGCCGAAAGUCAGCCCACAAAGGCAAUACAACAGUCUGUACUCUAAGGAGACCCUUGAGAAAAUGAGGAGGGCUGCAGGCCAGGAAGAUGGCAAAAAGGGCAGGGCCUCUACAGGAGGAAUACUGCAAGGGUGGCAGUCAGUGGGAUUGUGGCUCUGUGUUCAACGAGUGGAGCUUACACUCCAAUGCUUGAUCCAGAUGCCUCACUUCGUGAUGAAGUGGGAGCACUUGCUGUGUAACUGGGGUAAGAUGACACAUAUCCAGAUUGUCAACACUGCAGCCAACGAGUAUGUGGAGCGCUUCAACCCCAAUGCAUUGAAGGACUCGGUGCUGUCCACGCACAAGCCCAUCGAAGUGAAGGGUCCGGGUGGAAAGGCCACCAUCAUCCACGCCCAGUAUAACACCCCCAUCAGCAUGUACUCUCAGGACGCUAUCAUGGAUGCCAUUGCCGGCCAGGCCCACGCCAGGGGCAGUGACCUAUCAAGUAAUCUACAUGUUAAAGAUGCUCUAGUCGACAGUUCUUCUCCAGUCUACCAGGCUGUAAUUCGUAACACUACCAAGCCCCAACAGAGCCAACAGCAGGAACAGGAUGAAUGGACCCGUAGGGCUGCUAAUCUGCAGUCCAAAUCGUUCCGAGUCCUUGCUCAGUUGACUGGAACAGAAUUCUUGCAAGAUCCAGAUGAGGAUGCAAUGAAGAGAUCAAGGGAAAAGUUUGAACAUGAAGUAAAAGGUCCACGGUUUGCCAAAUUACGCAAUUGGCAUCAUGGUCUGUCUGCACAGAUCCUUAAUAUCAAAGGUUGCGAGCUUGGCUCCAUCCCCCUCGACAAGUUACGUGAGCAGGCUGGACUUGGAUAUGGGGAGCAGCAGGCCAUACUAAUGCUACGUUGUUCAGCUGGCCUUCCUUCAGAACUGGCCCCACUCUCGGAGACCGGGUGGGUGGGCACUGAGACUGAUUUAACGCUGUGUGUUUUUCUCCCUUCCGCUAUCGGGAGCAGUACGCCGAUCGAGCAUGCGCAGGCCGCCUGGUCACCGCUCGGCUCCGCGCACUCGGCCACGCCCUCUGCUCCGGCCGGCCAACCCGCUGUAGCUAACCCGAUGACGUCGCCCAUGUCUCCGCCUACUGCCGCCGCCGCCGCCGCCAAUCAGGAUCGCGCCGCUGCUCCCGCCUCGCCUGCUCGGCAAAGCUGGCAGCAGAAGACUUCUUCCUCUCUUGUCUACCAGAGUGAAUCUGCUCACACCCUAAAGACUAGUGGCAGCUUCGGAAGCAGCACCAUGGUGCCUGGGCCGCCAGCUCCUCAGACUUACUCAGAAGCCCCAGCGCCUGCUUCCAAGCCGAAGGUUGUCAGCACUGCGAGUAUCAGACCAGCUCCCUUCCAUCCACCCAAAGCCCCUGCAGCACAGAUGCACAGCAGCACGGCUGCGUUUAACGUCAGCAAGCCUGCUGCGGCUCCGGGACCCGUGCAGCCGGCCGCCGCGCCGCCGAGCAACCGACCGCCGUGGAUAACCGAUGACAGCUUUGCUCAGAAGUUCCAGGCCGGAAAAAGCACCACUACACUCACCAAACACAUCCAGCCUCUGCCGCAUUCGGCACCCCCAAAGCCGCCGGUGUCGACCCUGCCUGCAGCCCCCGCCCACGAGCCCGCGCACGCCCCACUGCCGGGGCAGACAGCUGGGGGCAUCCGCAACCUGGUGCAGAGGGCUGAGAGAUUCCCGGCCAGCAAUCGAACUCCCCUGUGUGGACAGUGUAACAGCAUCAUCAGAGGGCCUUUCCUUGUGGCCUUGGGCCGUUCCUGGCACCCUGAGGAGUUUAACUGCACUUACUGCAAGACCUCACUGGCUGAUACUGGCUUUGUGGAGGAGCAGAACAAUAUUUACUGUGAGCGAUGCUACGAGCAAUUCUUUGCUCCAAACUGUGCCAAGUGUAACGCAAAGAUCAUGGGGGAAGUGAUGCAUGCCUUGCGACAGACCUGGCAUACCACCUGCUUUGUCUGCGCCGCCUGUGGGACAUCUUUCGGGAACAGUCUCUUCCAUAUGGAAGAUGGAGAGCCCUAUUGCGAAAAAGAUUACAUUGCCCUCUUCAGCACUAAGUGCCAUGGCUGUGACUUCCCCGUGGAGGCUGGAGACAAGUUCAUUGAAGCUCUGGGAUAUACCUGGCACGAUACCUGCUUCGUCUGCGCUGUGUGCCAUAUGAACCUCGAGGGUCAGCCAUUUUAUUCCAAAAAGGACAAGCCACUCUGCAAGAAGCAUGCUCACGCCAUUAAUGUUUAAACAUCAGGGACCAUCAAAGGAAAGAUCCUGGCAGAGGGAGCACGGCUCUUCCAACCAACAGAACCAACAACUUCCUUUUAAGUCUUUUUAUUCUUUUUUUUGUUGUUUUAAUGAUGUUUCGAAUAAUUUACCUGAGAUUGUGCGUGGCUGAAAGAAAUUAAUUGCUGGGUGGGAUGUACAGUCAGAAUGGUAUCAUCCCACUAUGCGUAUUCACUACUAACAAAACACAUUGCACAUGACUAGAAAGUUUACAGAGAUAAGCUUGAUGAAUGCUAUUCCUCUGAUCCUGAUCUGAUGGCUAUUUUUACUCAAAGCCAGCAGGUUUCCAAUUCAGUGAUAGUGUCUGCACCUGCGUUAAAUAGCCAUCAUUCAGACUGCAUCUGCACUAACUGUGUUCAAUGGCCUAGUCCUGUCCUUUUUUAUAAGUGCCCUGCCAGGCUCCUGGAUUUAAUUUGAUAGUCGUUGGUUUUCGGUGUCUUGUUUGAGUCUGUACAGGGAUUCAUGGAACUGCCCUAGCUGAGCACUAACCAUGUUUCCAAUGGCUUUUCUUGUUUAGAUACUCUAAGAUAACUGCCUAAGGAGUAAAACCCUUCUUGUGGGUAUGUAUGAUGGCUGGUCUCCCAGUGCUGUCCACAAUUUCAUGCCUGCUCAGCAUGGGGAUGAGGAGGGAGGCUUUUCAUUUUUGCAGUGUGGAGCCGACCACACACGAUUCCCUCAGUGCUGUGAUCUCUGAUUCCAUAUUUAUGUUUAAAUAGUUACCUAAAGCCUUAAAACAAGCCUGGGCAGGCCGGCCCUCUUUUGCAAAGCAACCGGAAAGUUCCACAAAUCUUACUGGCAAUUACUGUUAGUGCUGCUGAUAUUUUUUUUUAUGCUGCAAUUUUCCAAAAAUUGGCAGAACCAAGUUUAAGUGCAAAUUACACUGAACUCACAAGUCUCCUCAAUCUUUUGUGCACCUAUAAGAAUGUGGUCCUGCUGACAAACCUGGGUAUGUUCUCAGAGUGAAUGUACCACAACUGGAAGUCUCUGCUGAGUACACUCUUUUGCAGAAAUGCAACAGGAGGCAGUGAUUAAAUUGGCUGUUUCAGAUGAGAGGACACAAUUAAUGCCUAUAACUUAACAAUGUGGUCAUUUUAAACUUACUAAGAAAGUGUUGCUGUCUAAUAAUAUCAGCAUAUGGUUCAUUUUUAAUGUUACUUUAAAAUGGAAUUACUUUCAGCUAAUGGACGAGAUACUCUGAUUAAAAAUGCUUAUUUUUAGAGCCAUGUCAGUGAAACAGUUCCAAGUUAUCAUACUUACAUGAAAAGAAUAUAUUGUAAGGGAACUCAUGAUAUUACAUUUUAACCUACCUGACUGCUCUGCUUCACGGUAGGAUUUGUGUAUGGUGAUAAGGAAACAAAUUUAGGCAGAAAUGUGAACUGGAUGCAGUUUAUGCUUCAAUUGUCAAUUCAGCCCAAGUCCUACCACACCUUUUAUUAGGGAUUUAUUUUUCCAUGAGCUAACAUUGUCCACAUAUGCCUAUUUUGAGCUGGACAAGUAGGAGAGAAUUACAAUUAGUUAACUCUCUUAAUGCUUCUCAAAUGGGGUAGCUUUGACUGGGCCAUUUUCUAUUCGGAUCUGACUUGGCUUUCUGAAGGCUAGUCACAUACAGCUAUGUGGAAAUGAAAUAUUAUUAGUUUGCGCAUCCACUUGUGUGUUACUUAAUCACAUAUGGUAUUAUGAGAAAUUAUGGUAGUUAGAUAUUUCUUAUUAUUUAUUGAAUAACAGUGACAUUAAGCAGUAAGAUUUUAUCCCUUUUUAAUUCUUAAUGUAAGAGUUAAUCACUUGUGGUGUUGCCUGGUUUAAAUAAAAAGUGUCUUGGGUUCUGAUGUACAGCCACAUCAUGUUCCCCACUCAGUCAACCUCAGUAACUGCACCCCCAAAUACCACAGUAGAUAAUUUUUUUCCUGUGACAAUAGGGUAAUAUUCCCCUUCGUAUCCUCCUCCCAUAGGGCUCGCUUUAUUUCAGCUACAGAAACAGAGAAGGAUUGAUGCACAGAAUGAGGACACAUGGUGCUUUGCAUCUUCAUUUUUAAUGUUUGCAGAAACAUUCAGGUUACUUUUGCUUCUUCCCAGCAAACGGAACGUGACUGCCGAAGAGCUUAUCAUAAAAUUAGUCUGGGCAUUUCGCUCAUCUGCUGCUUAUUAAACGCAGAGUUUAAAAAGGGAGGAACAGAAGGAAGUACUUUAGAUUUAAUUGGCAAUUGUAACGGAUGAGCAAGGACCAAGGAGAGAUUAUCGAACAAUCUUUGAAUCAGAAUACAAGAAACAUCAAAAGAAUGCAUCUGUGAGAUACGUAUGUGCUAAAAGUUAUCAUCAUCAUCAUUCUGUGCCAUGGUGUAUGACGUGGGUGAUCAUGGUCUAUGACCAUGAUUAUUCUUGGCAAACUUUUCUACAGAAGUGGUUUGCCAUUGCCGCCUUCUGGGCAGCGUCUUCACAGGGCAGGUGACCCCAGCCAGUAUCAAUACUCUUCAUUCAGCGGUUGUCUUCCUAGCAUCAGUGGUCGCAUAACCAGUACUUACAAUGUGCACCAGCUGCUCAUACGACCAUCCACCACCCACUCCCAUGGUUUCACGUGACUCCGAUCAGCAGGCUAAGCAGGUGCUACACCUUGCCCAAGUGUGACCUGCAGGGAAGGUGCACCUUACAGCUCCUUUGGUAGAGACGUAUGUCCACCCCACCACCCUAGUCCUAAAAGUAGACACUGCUUGAGGAUCUUGAUCUUUAUUGACCUUGGUCAGGCUCCCAAGCCAAGCAUGGAUGGAUAAAAAGACAGGGUUAUUUUAAUUUAACCAAUGAACUUCCACAGCACUGGAAGGCUGGUGUUUUUAUAUGCUGAAGUUAUGCAUUAGAGGUGAUUUCUGCAUGACCUGGAGCACUGUGGCAGGUGUCUCCUCUUUGGGGAAAUGGCACCCCGAUUGUGAUUCAUGCUGACAUGGGUGUCAUUUCCUCAUCGUAUUUCACCCAUGUGAUGAUGCCAACAUUGUGCACGUCACACAUUUCUUGUUGAUCUCCGACCUUUGUUGCUUACUCUCUCUAUAACACUGAGCAUCACAAAAAGGGCAAGGAACUAUGUGAAUUGAAGGACCCUGAGGGAAGAUGCACUUUAUUGUUGCUGAGUUUCCCAAACUUACUUAUAGUGCUUUCCUUUAACAGACAAUCUAAAGAAAUUUUUAUAUUUAGAUCCUGCAAACUGAGGCACUGGUAAUCACAGCAUAGGGUUGAUUAGGCCACCAUACAAGGCAUGAGAGACCCUAAUGCUCAGAUUACUCAGCACAGAAUGCCUUAGGUCCACCUACAUGAUGCUGAUGGGAGGGUCUGGUGUGAGAUCUAUGGAAUAAGUGGUUACAUGUUGAUAACUCUGUCAGAUUCCAAACUGAGACAUGUGCACCAGGGACCAGAUGUUGAGAUGAACUGAUAACACAAGUUUGAAGUUCAAGAUAAUAGUAGGAAGCUAUAGAGAACAAGGAGAUGAGUUGGGGUGCAAAAUGGUCAGGAGCAAGAGUGGGAUAAAGAGGGUGUGAGAGAGGAGACCUUCGGGAAUGAUCAGUAGUGUGGGGGUUAAGAGACAACAGAUCUUAAAAUUAAACAAAUGGUGCUGUGGAACAUAAAAGUGAUGUUGCCUAACUUCAGGAGAAACAGUAUAAAUCAAUUAAAACACUCCUGCAUAGGAAAUUGUACAGAAUGAGCUCCUGAAGAUCUAUCUCAUUGUACAGCAGUAGUCUACAGACAUGUGCGCAAAAUGUGACGGAUAUGAAGUUAACUACCAUAAGAAUACUUUGCCUGGUUAGUUAUAUAAUCCUUUGAAGGUUUAGGCUAUCUAUUAUCUUCUUUAUUAUCAUCCCCCCAACAGAUCAGCCAAGCUUUUAAUUCCUCUAACAUCUGUGCAACCCUCAUCCAUUCACCUAUCAUUGAAGCUGCUGCCUGCUGGGGUUCUCCUUGGGGAUUCCCUCAAGCCUUCUGCUUCUCCCCCACCCCUCCCCCCACUCUUCACACUUGUUUGUUCAAUUAAGGCUUUCCUUAAAACCUGUUUGACCAAGAUCCUACUGACCCUUCUACUUUGCCUUGUUUUUUUUAUUUUGACUCCACUUCCUGUUAAGGGCUGGGAUUUAAAACUUGGUUUAAAAAAAAAGAGUACAAAUGCAAAUUGUCCCCAAAUUGGACAACUUUUAGUUGGACUGCAAAUAUUGUACUUUGUAUUUAAUUUUGCUGUGUUGAUCCCUGAUACCUUCCCCCAUACCAAGACUUCUCUAUCCCUUGAUCCCAACUGUUCACCAUCCACUCCAACUUUGAUUCUUUCACCUGCUCCACCAUUAUUCAAUGAUGCACAACAUUUUUUCUGUUAUCUAUUACUGAAUUUCUCAGUGGCACACCCAGGGACCAGACAUUUGGUGCCCUACACCUGUUGUACUUUCAACGUGAAAUCACUAUAAUGGAUGGAAAAAAUGUUCAGAACGAGAUCCAGAAAAAAUUAAUGACCAGAUCAUUUGUUUCUGAUGGAGCUAAUUAUGCAAAGAACAAGAACUUCAGGAUGUAUAUUGUAUACAUUUCUCUGAUAUGAAGUGAAACUAUUGAACUAUGAAAGGCAUUGCAGUCAGAGGCCUGUGAGAACACCCUACUCUAAUUAGAAUGAUUUCAAGCGCAGUGAGCUAAAUGUCAAGUAUUUACUGAGUUAACCUCUGGCAAUCAGCAUUGAAAAAGAUCUAGCAUUGAUAAACAACUAUAAAAGAUGUGCUCAUAACUGAAAUAUUCCCAGUUCAAAAAUACUGCCGUGCUGAUUCCCGUCAGAAGCAUCUAGGCAGAAGAUCCCUUGUUGUGUUGGAAGCAAGGCAAAUCUUUCAGAGGCUCUCUUGAAGAAAGAAAGACUGAAAUAAUUCGAACUUUAAAUGGUUACAGCAACAAAAGGCCACAAAAACUAAAUUAGGAACCUAAACGAAUUACCAUUAUGCACAGAGGGUGCUAGAGUAUCAAAUAUUUUAAUCUGAAUGAUUUGUAUAUUCCCUGUCAAACAUUACUCUUAAGCACUGAAUUUUUUUGGAUUAUGAGAACACUCAGUCCUCUUUUAUUGUCAUUUAGAGAUGCAUACAUGCAUUAAGAAAUGAUACAAUGUUUCUCCGGAGUGAUAUCACAGAAAACAGGACAAACCAAAGACUAACACUGACAGAAUCACAUAAUUAUAACAUAUAGUUACAGCAGUGCAAAGCAAUACCAUAAUUUGAUGAAGAACAAACCAUGGGCACGGUAAAAAGAAGUCUCAAAGUCCCCGAGUUGAUUGACUCCCAAGUCCCCAAUAGCAGGCGGCAAAAGGGAGAAACUCCCUGCCAUAAACCUCCAGGCACCGUCAACUUGCCAGUGCCUUGGAAGCAGCCGACACUGAGUCCAUCUGUCCGAAAACUUCGAGCCUCCGACCAGCCCCUCCGAUACAGCCUCCCGAGCGCCAUACUCUGCCAAGCGCCUUUGACCUCGCCUUGGCCACUGAAACAAGCAAAGCCGAGGAUUCAGGGCCUUCUGCUCCGGAGAUUCCGGUCACCACACAGUAGAAGCGGCAGCGAAGCGGGCAUUUCAGAAGUUUUCCAGAUGUUCCUCCGUACUCUCACGUCCGUCUCCAUCAAAUCAGAAUUGUGCAUGGUCCCUACUUGACAGAUUACAGAUAUCAAUCACUGGAGAGGCAGCGCACGCUGCUGUCGCGCCGCCAUCUUCUCCUCCUCUUCUUCUCCUCUAUCUUUCGUCUUUGAUUCAUGUGACAGGGAAAGAGGGUAACACGAUUCUGUGGGAAACAGGGUUUGUAUUAAUCUCAUCAGAUAGAAAGAGAGAAUAACCAGAAAAUGAAACCAACUCUUUCCUUGUAACAAUCAUCCUCAUGAGAAAUAUAAAGGAAAAGGGGAAGUGUGCUUCUGUUAUUAACCUCACACAUGAUAGGUUCAUCUCUUGUAGGGAGAUUUUUGUCGAUACAUUGCCUGGAAAAAUCUCAAGAAGGGUAAAAAGAUAGCAAAGGAGUUUCAAUCAGAAGUGUGUAAAUCUUCCUCCCACUUUUUCCUCUCUGUGCUAGAUUGUGCAGUACAUUAAUCACGAAGAGGCCAGAACCUUGAAUUUUACAUGAACUAAAUGAUAUGAGCUUUUUUCUUAUUUUGAUGUACGACUGAAAUAUCUAAGUUUGAGAUUGCUGCUAUUGAAUUCUCUGCAUCCAGCUGCAUGACGCAUUUGAAUUUUAAGCUUCCAAUAUUUAUUUGCCCUACAAAUACGGUAGGAAAGAAAAUUACAACUGCUUAAACAAUAUUUUUAAAUGUCACCUGAACUAGCAUGUUAUUUGUUGUCUGGUUUAUGAGAAAAGUUUCUCCUGCUGUAGUUGCUGAACGAUUGGAAAAUGCAAGGAAACGUAGGGGCUUGAUCUCUCAGCAACCUUCUCUUCAAGCCCAGCUCUCUGCUCUGAGCUACAGAUUGCAGAAUUUAUUCAGUACAAGUAACUACAUGGGAGGGUCUGGAAUUGCAUGUAGGCCAGACCAAGGAUGUUAUUUUCCUCUCCUGAAGGACAGUAAUAAACUGGAUGGCUCUAACAACAAUUGGUAGGUUUGCAGUUAUCAGUACUUGGACCAGCUGAUUUUCCAAAUUUAAUUUGUUCCUCGGGUGAGAUUGGAACCCAGGUCCCUGGAUGGUUGUUCCAGGUCUCGGGAUUACUCGUCUGGCAAUUUAGCAAUGAUGCCAGUGUCAUAGUCAAGACAAUACUGAAACAGGUGAAUGUGCAAUUUGAUCCUGGAAAUCCUUGGUACAGAUUGAGUCAUUUAUGAAGUGAUAGUGGCAGUUUAACGAUGUCUCGAUAUGUGGCCCUGACACUGGCACUUGUCACGGCUUCUGACCACCUGUCAUUUGGCCAUGAACUUGGCAAACUACGUGGACUAAUAGAUUUGAUUUUAGCCUUUAGUUACUCAGGCCAUCUGCUUUAUAGCCUGUGAUAGAAUCUAACCAUCUUUCAGGGGUGUUGUGUGGGAAAUCCAUACACGUUUAUCCUUCUGUCCCCCCCUUCCUAAUUCCAUCCUGCCUCGCCCCCAUAGCAUCUCUGUUACCCAGAAUCCCAUCCUGUUUGACCACAACAUUUCCCGUGGGUCUGCAUCCAAAUUCUGCUGCAGAUCAAGUUUUAACACUGCUUAGAAAGAGUAAAGCAAAGGACAAUGUGCUGUUAACAAUACACAUCAAAAUGUAAUAAAUGUGGAGGAAAUGUGAUUUCUAUACAUUUAAUUAGUCUCCCUCCAAAACUAAUUUUCCUUCAAAACCUAGUCUCUGGCUUUCAGCAUCAACAAAAUGACUCUAAUGUUAUUUUGUUUUGCAAACUACUUUUUAUAUGAAAGAUGAUAACUAAUGGAAAGAACUUGCAGUCUAGAGUGCCUUCCACAACUUAAGGAUAACUGAAAGCUUAGCAAGGAAUAAAAUACUGUACUUUUAAAAUGUGUAUCUGUUGAAAGAUAAAGAAGUGGCCAGCUUGCAUACAGCAAACUCCCACAGAAAACAAUGAGAUAACUGACAAACCUGACAACCAUGUUAACGAUAGGAUUAAAAAAAAGUUUCAUUCAAAGACACAAUUUCCGACAAGACUGUACUUGCUCAGUACUGCACUGCAGAAGCCGCUUCAGUAACGUGCUCCUAAAUAGUGCUCACACUCGUAACGUUUUGCCUCAGUUGUGUGAGUCUUACCAUUGAGCUGAAGCUGACAACAUUAGAUAAGAUUCUGACUGUUCGACAGAAUAGACUUUACUGAAAGAUGUAGAGAUGUUUGCUGAUGAGGGACAAUAAUAUUGUUAGCUUUACACACAAACAUCAGACUAAUCAUAGCAUGUAAAAUGCAGAAGUCCUUUGUGAGCUGCAAUGUUCAAAAAAUUUUGUUUUAAGAUGCUGGAAAGUAGCAUUUAUUCAUAAUGAGAUAAAAGUUUAUGAUGGUAUUAAAUAUUAUUUACAGAUGUGAUGUUUGAUAGGAGCUUUACUUUUGACUUUUUCGUUCCAAGUUUUACCUGUUAGGAAUUAUACCCUUAAGGUAUAGUUGUCUGUGAACAAUCUUCUCAGAAUACACAGCAGGCUAGGACUUGGAAUUUGUACAUGAUUUGAAAGGUAACGUAUAGUAACACUGUCAUUAAGUUUGGGUUGCAGAAAAUUGCACAGCUCAGUAAGUAUGUUUGUAGAAGCUGACGCUAAUUGAUAUGAUUUGCAUAAUGUUUUGUGCCUUGCACCGGGAAAACACCUGCAAUUUUCCAGGACUGAUCACAAUUCAUUGCAAGUUCCCAGUGCAGCUUGUGCCGGCCGGGCAUGAAAGAACUGCCAAAAAGGAACUGGAAAACUGCAAGCAUCGACAACUUUGAAAUGCUCCAGGUAGCAUUUAAAGAAACACAGCCUCUUUGAUUUUUUUCAAAUAGGAUAACAAAAUAUUAUUUGACAGAGGACAUAAAGCUAUAAAAACAAAAAAUGUACCUUUCAUUCAUUUAAGAGAUAAGAGGUGUCUCAUUUCAGACAACAUCCCUACUCUAUCUUUUACCAAUCACCUGCUGCCAAGCUGUUCCCUUUCUCCCCCUACAUAGUGAGCAUGCCCAAUAGAAAAUGCAGGAAAUGACAACAAAGAUCAGUAUUGUUAGUCAGACCCAUGUGACUUAGAAACAGAUCUGAAAGGAGAUGGUAAGCCUAUCCAGAAGAUUGCCCAAGUAGUCACAGGCCAACGUCAAACUGGUCACACUUAUAUUUAGAGUUAAUGUCAUGACCAUACCACACACAGUAGAAUACAAAUUAGAACGAAUACGUUUGACACCAUUCAUCUAAAAUUAUGACAUUCACUGCACGAUGCAAGAUCAUAGAACAGCACAGCAGAGUACCAGUUCUCCAGCCCACAAUGCAGUGCCAAUCUUUUAACGUACCCUAUGACCAGUCUAACCCUUUUAACCUACCCUUCGACCAAUCUAACCCUUGCUCUCCACAUACCCCUUCGUUUUCCUAGCGUCCAUGUGCCUAUCGUAGAUUAUCUUAAAUGUCCCUAAUAUAUCUCCUUCUACCACCACCCCUGGCAGCCCAUUCCAUGCACCCACCACUCUCUGUCUAAAAACUCCUUACACUGACAUCCCUCCCCCCCCCCCACCCGCCCAAUUCUUUCUUCCAAUCACUGUAAAAUUAUGCUUUUCCAGCCUGGGGGGAAAAAGUCUCAGGCUGUCCACUUGACCUAUGCCUCUUAUCAUCUUGUUACACUUCUAUCAAGUCACUUUCAUCUUUCUUUGCUCCAAAGAAGAAAACCCUAGCCCACUCAACCAUCCUCACAAAGCAUGCUCUCUAAUCCAGGCAGCAUCCUGAUAAGUCUCUUCUGCUCCCUUUCUAAAACUUCUACAUCAAUCCAAAAUGAGUCAACCAGAAUUGAACACAAUAUUCCAGGUGUGGUCUACCAGGAUUUUAUAGAGCUGCUACUUUACCUCACAGUUCUUGAACUGAGUCCCCCCCCCCCAACUAAUGAAGGCCGAAACACCACAGGCCUUGUAUACAAGCUUAUCAACUUGUGUGGCAACUUUAAGGGAUCUAUGGGUGUGGGCCCCAAAAACCCCAAAAACAGUGUGGUCCUUCCACACUGCUAAGAAUCUUGUCAUUGGCUAUGUAUUGUGCCUUCCAAUUUGACCUUCCACUUCACUUCAGUUGUUGAACUACAUCUGCCUCUUCUCUGUCCAGCUCUCAGAUCAUCUGCUGACUCUGUGGAUAGGUUACAGGAUGCCAUCUCAAUGCCUCCUCUGCUCUGGCCUGGGAAAUGAGCUCCAGAUAUCUUAGGCAGCCUGCUUAAACAAUCAUUGCCUUCAGCGAGAAUAUGGAUCUGGAAAUUCCUCAUGGACUGAAAGUGCAAUCAGCUGAAUUUAUCAUGAAAUCAUUCCAGCACAUAAAUGGGCCUUUGUGACUCAUGUUGACUGGGAUGCCUGUCUACACUAAUCCCUUUUGUGUGCAUUAGGCUCUUAUUCUUUAACUUUCUUCCUAUCUUAAGUACUUGCCCAAACAACCUUUAAACAUUGAAGUUGCAUCUGGAAAGGCAGCUCAUUCAGAUAACUGCCAUUCUCCAUGUGGGUAAACAACCCUCAGAUCUCACUUAAACUCAUCCCCUCUUACCUUAAACCUGUGCCCUUUAGUUCUAAAUUCCCCUGUCCAAGGGGAUAAAAAAGAUUCCGGUUAUGUCCCUGAUAAUUUUAUAAACCUCCAUAAUGUCGAUAUGCAGGCUCAUGUGUUCCAGUGAGAUGAUCCCACCCCAUCCAAUCUCCCGUUAUAACUACAGACCUAUAUUCCAGGCGACAAACAGGUAAAUCUCUUCUGCACACUCUCUACUGGGUAGCAUAGUAUCCAGGGCUGUACACACAGUUCUCUAAGUAACUUGAUGGAGGUGCCACAUCAGUUCCAUUAAUGACCUCAAAGAACAGUAUUAAAUCAAGUGAAAAGGCCCAAGAUAACAUGUGUUGUGGGCCUGACAUGUAAGAAUGCACAGAGAAGUGCUGGAAGAUGGGAUCAAACAGGCAGUAAGUAGAUCAUUGUGAAGUGGGGAGGGAGGGGGGAGUUUCAGAAAGGGAUAAGAUCAGUGGUGUUUGAAGGGGCAGAGUUAGCAGUGACUAGAAGGCUUUUUGGAAUACUGAGGGAAAUGAUGUUGGACACUGAGAAGUAAAGGUACUGAGGGGAUGGGGAUGUAAUGGCAGAGUGUAAUUACAUAUGCACACUUUUGGAAAGCAGAGGUGGAUGAGUUUUAAGUCAUGAUCAGUUGGUGACAGUGGAUUGGAUACACAAAAUUAGGUCAAGCUGGUCAGCAUUUUCAGAUGGCAUAUUAUCUAAUAAUGCUGGGAAUCCAAAUCCUUUUCUGGAAACAGAAAAGUUCAGACAAGUGACUGACCCCAGUGGACAUGCAUUCAUGAAAUGUCAACUGAGUACUUCCUGACCCAGCACCUUCAAAGAUCUGUUCCACUUUGGGUUGCCAGGGUAUAAUAGGUGCCCUCAUUCUUCUGGUCAGCCUCUUCAGUUUUUGGCAAGUCUUCUUUAAUCUCCUAGUAAAUAAACGUGUCAAUACAGGCUUACUGAUUAAGUUUGACUUGCUAACUGCCACAGGAUUUUUCAUCUUAACAGAUCUCUCCUUUAGAUAUUUUUCAAUGUCUUCAAAAAAAAAAAUUGGCAAAGCUUCUGUACCAUUGAAAGUGAGUCCACUGUCUGUGGGAACAGUUCAGUGAUGGGUCAAGUGAAGUUAAGAGCCUUAUGGUUGAGGGAUAAUAACUUCCUGAACCUGGAGAGGGUCCUGAGGCUCCUGCACCACCUUCUUGAUGGAAGCAGUGAGAAGAGAGCGUGGUGGCGGAGGUCCCUGAUGAGGGAUACUGCUUUCCUGCAACAGUACUCCAUGUAAAUAUACUCAAUGGUGGGGAGGGCUUUACCAUUGAUGGACUUUGUGGUAUCCAAUACUUGUAGGAUUUUCCAAUCAAGGGCAUUGGUGUUUCCACACCAGGCCAUAAUGCAACCAGUCAAUAUAUUCUCUACCACACAUUUAUAGAAGUUUGUCAAAGUUUUAGAUGACAUGGUGAAUCUUCACAGACUUCUAAGGAAGUAGAAGUAUUGCUAUGCUUUCUUUGUAAUUGUACUUACAUUCUGGGUCCAGGACAGAUCUUCUGAAAUGAUAACAUUAAAGGAUUUAAAGAUGACCCUCUCCACCUCUAAUUCCCCCUAUGAGGAUUGGCUUAUGGACCUCUGCUUUCCUUCUCCUGAAGUCAAUAAUCAGCUCUUUGAUCUUGCUGACAUUGAGUGACAUGUUGUUGUUAUGGCACCACUCAGCCAGAUUUUCAAUCUCCCUCCUAUAUACUGAUUCAUCACCACCUUUGCUUUGGCCUGUGACAGUGGAGAUGUUGCCAAUCUGAACCAACAGGGGUCAGCAAGUGAGAAAAUCGAGGAUCCAAUUGCAUGAGGAGGUUUGAGGCCAAGGUCUUGAAGCUUAUUGAUUAGAUUUGAGGGUUGUAGCUUUUGGCUAAUCAAUGGUAGUGAACCUAUGACAUGUACCCAAGAUUGCACGCAAAAGAAUAUGUUGGCAAGUGGCAUACAAUGUCACCUCUAGAUUUUUUAAAUCCCUCACACAAUAAAGAUAUACAAUGGUUACCUUAACUGCCAGAUGAAGCAGUGAAUGAUAUCUUACACCCCAAGUAGUGAGAUGUUUUUACAGGAUGGUUAGCUAGAUGGUUACAAGAACAUAGGAUGCCGGAUGGUAUGUUUUGAAAUCCUCACAGACUUGAUGUAGACAUUGGUAUUUGAAUAGUAAACAGUUACAAUAACAAAUCUAUAUAGAAAUGUCAUUUUUAUUUGUUUUUUAGAUUAAUUUUUUUAAAAUGCCUAAUUAAUUUCAAUCUCUUACAAUUUUAUUAAUAGCAAAACAAUGAAUACAAGUAAAUAAGCAACAGGACUCAUCCUUUUUCUUUAAGAGUUCAGAAUUAUUGUUGGUAAUUCAUUAGUCAGCGAUAAUCUCUGCUCAAAAUUACCAUGGCACACAAGAGAAUGUUUGAAAGGAUUAUUGCAAAUUUGGGCACAUGCUCUCAAAAAAUGAUUGCCAACCCUGGGCUGGACUAAUCUUUAUCAGACUGAAAGGUCUGGUGUAAAUUUCUAUUGGAUACCCAAAUUUCUAUUGAAUCUGCUCAGCCAUUCCAGUAGCCAUUCUGCAUCUCUUCCAUCUUGUGCCUUAGGGCUUAGUAUUAAAAUUAUUAAUUUGGAUUUUUAAAAAAUUUGUUUCUAAGACCCAACUUACCAGGAAUCUGGUAGUUCUGACAGUUUUUUUGUUCAUUCAACUAUAGCUAUUAUUCACAAACUAUCAUAAGAAAUAACCAAGCUAAUUUUGUUGACUUUCUGCACCAACAAAGGGAAAACAUAUAACCCUAGAAUUCAAUUUCAUUAAGGUAUUUCUGUUAGAGUUAAGUAUUGUGUAAUCACUUCUAAAGUAAAAAGCAAUUAUUUCUUGACUUUCUGACUAUUUAGUGAGGCACUUCCUGGAAUGAUAUUCCAUUAUAACCUGAUGGGAUUUCUCUAUUGGGAUAUAAAAUCGUGUCAUUCACAUGCAAUGUAUCUUUUGGAACAUUGUAGGGGCACCUGAACCAUGUUGUCCUGGAUUGUCUGUUGUUGGGCACUCUUGGGACAAUGUUGACUCACAAGAGACUGCAGAUACUGGAAUUUGGAGCAAUAAACAAGCUGUUGGAGGAACUCAGUGGGUUGAGCAGCAUCUAAGUGAGGAAAUGAAUUGUUGAUGUUUUGGGUCGACACCUUGCAUCAUUACAAAAUAUUGAGCGUCAUCUGUAAGAUGAAAGGAAUUGCCAAACAACUGAUUGCUUGUCGCUAGCACAUAGUUGAACAUGUAGAUAAUGGCAAUAAUUCUCGAUGAAACACUUGUGAAGUAGGGGUGUAAAGCAACUUUAUCCUUUGAAUAUCUGUACAUCUGUCAAGUUGAAAUGCUAAUUCGAUGGAUAUUAAGACUAUAAGAUAUAGGAGUAGAAUUCUUCCUCAUGUAGGAGUAGAAUUAGGCCAUUUCGCCCAUCAAGAUGGCUCCACCAUUUUGUCAUGGCUGAUCCAUUUUCCCUCUCAGCCCCAAUCACCUGUCUUCUUCCCGUAUCUCUUCAUGCCCUGACUGAUCAAGAAUCUAUCAACCUCUGCCUUAAGUAUACCUAGUGACUUGACCUUCACAGCUGCCUGUACCAACAAAUUCCACAGAUUCACCACUCUCUGGCUAAAGAAAUUCCUCCUCAUCUCCAUUCAAAAUGGACGUCCCUCUCUUCUGAGGCUACGUCCUCUGGUCUUAGACUCUCCCACGAUAGGAAUCAUUUAAUGAACCAAAAACUGAAGGCUUAGCACAGGGAAGUGGCUGUGAGGUAAAAUAUCAGCCAAGGUUUUAUUGAGUGGUGGAAUAGGCACUAUGGACCAAUUGGUCCUCUCCUGUUUCUUCUGUUAUUAAGCAAACUGCAGUAAUGUUGAGCAGAAGCUUCCAGUUUAACAGUCCUUUAGAUGGUUAAUAUUUAUUGUACAGAGAAUUCCAUGUAAACAACAGUAUGAAAUGCAUAUUGACUCUAGAUGGCAGAGGGUGAGCAGCCACUUUCAAGUAACACAAGCAUCAAAUUUACUUAGUUUCUUUUAUUAGUCAUCAGUUAAUAGUUAUUAUUUACAAACAGUCAAAAGAGGCAAAACAGAAGAACCCUGGCAUCACGGUGUAAGGCUACUUUCACUGGAAGAAAAGCAACUUUUUAACCAAAUGUUAUUAAUACUUCAAUUUUAUUAAUACAUAAAACUUAAGAGACUGUUUGUAUUGUGGUCACCUCACAGAAAGACCAGUUUUAGAGAGAGUACUUAUCAAUACAGGAAAUCCAUUCAAAAUGACAUUGUCUUACUUAUACCUUUUUAGCCAUCAAAUUGUUUUGUUACACCUCUAAAAUAAACUAGUAUUCUCAAUAGAGGACGGAGGAAGACAGACAAAAGUCAAUCAGAUCAAGACAAUGCCCACAUUAGGUUUGAUUUGCUCAUCAAUAAAGUUUGAUUUUGUGAGAUAACAUUCAUGUUUUAUAUCUACAUCGCUGCUGUGACAUGUAAAAAUGGAAAAGAAAUAACUAUACUAUGUUUUCUGCAGAAAACUAAUGACUUAACUUUUGUCUUUAAAUAUAAUGUAACAAUUUGAAAUUAUACAUCCAAUAACAGGUUAAGAUUAGAAUAAGCUCUUAAUAGAUUUGCCUAUUCACAUAUUUUACCUUGUGACUGUAAUAAUUGCAGAUUAACAAAUCUAAUAUGUAUUUUCUUUCAUGAUGUUGGACAAUUACUUCCCUGGGGCCAUUCUUGAAUUUAUCAUUGGGAAAAUACAAAAUUCAGCAUAUUGUGAAAAGAUCAUUAUUUUUUAAAUAUGAUAGAUUUGUAAUUUAAUUAUCCAAUCUAUUUGCUUUGUUUGUUACCAAAAAAGCCAAAAACGGUGAACUGGAUCUUUUGGUGCGUCUGAUUUAUUUCUUCUGCAUACAGAACAUUUGAUUUUUGCACAUUUUACUUAUCCAAUCUACUUUGCUUUGUUUGUUACCAAAAAAAAAGCCAAAAACGGUGAACUGGAUCUCUUGGUGCGUCUGAUCUAUUUCUUCUGCAGACAGAACAUUUAAUUUUUGCGCAUUUUACAGCAAAGACCUUUAACAGCUUCAACUUAUAGUUGUGAAAAAAGAUGAACAAAUGUGUAAACGGGAUGUGAACUGCCUAAAGGUCAUUUAAUUUUGUUUCUUCUCUUUUUUUUAAGCUAAAAAUGUGUGCCAAAUUGAAGCUAUAGGAAUGUUUCUCAGUCUAUAUUUUAUGGCAUGAGAUUGGAGUGAGUGCUACUGAUGCUGUUGCUUUCAUACAACUGCAAAAAUAACUACUUUAUGAGCAUGUGGCAUUAAUUAGGAUGGUACUGCCUUCUACCAUGGGUGAUUAAUUUGAGUUUUAUUUUUAGAGUGCUGGUUGAUAAAUUAGAAUACCAAAUGUAUCAUUGGACACACAGAAGUUUAAAUUGUGCUAUGGAUUUUUAAAUAUGUUUGCUUUUAUAUAUGAAAUCAUGCAAUAUGCCCAUGCUGUUGCAAAAACAGUUCUUUAAAGAUGGAAUUUAGGCUGAUUUUGCAAACACAAUUUGUAUGUAAUUUAGAUUGUUCCCUGUACCUAAAAGUUCCAAGCUUUCAGUCCUGUAGAACAUCUGGACUGCAAUGAAUGGCUGGAGGCCAAAGGGUUUGUUAUUAUUUUCAACUUUGCAUGACAUUGAAUGCAUGAAAGAUAUGUCUCUGACAUUGUAUGAAUAAAAAAUAAAUUUACUUGGA